ACUCGAUGCUGAUUGGCUAGAUCGUUCCAUUUAAAAGGCUAGUCGUUGGAGUGGGUCGUCUUUAAAUGUGCAUGUGUACCUUGUCAUGUACAAUUGAUUAUUACUGUGAUUGACUUGUAAAAGUUAGGCGACCAGAACGCAGAUCCGAUGGAGGAAGACAAAGAGGAUAUCAGAGAUGUGAUUCUGGAGGAGUUGAAACGUUUAGGCGUAACCGAACUGGAGAGGAAGAAAAGUCACCAUGUCAGUCAUGGGUCUAAACUCCUAGGAAUUAACACAUCCUCAAACAUCAAGUCUAAUAAUUUCCGCUCCAAGAAUAAGAUCAAGAGAAGCCCAAGAACUCCACGAUCGAGGAGCCCACUUUUAAAAACGAACAAUGCGAAUCGAGCCCGUGACGAACGAAAGCACAAAACUCCGAAGAAGUCGCCUUUUGCAACCUCCAAGCGGAAGGCAGAACAACGCAAGCAAAAUGCGAAGGAUAAGACAGGGAAAGUCUUUGGCCAAAAGUUAGAUGAUGUUGCAUCAGUCUGUGUAUAUAUGGCAGAUGGAACACAAGUGACUGUGCCAGAGUUUCUUGUAGAUGUUUGUAACCUCAUCCGAAGAAACAUCACUGUUGAGGGCAUUUUUCGGAAGGCUGGUUCCUCUCAAAGACAGAGUGAUCUAAAGAAGCUGAUUGACAGCAACAAUGGUCUUCCGACCAAUGUCCAUGUAAUAGAUGGUGCUUGCCUUCUAAAACAGUUUUUGAGAUGUCUCCCUGAGCCACUUCUAACUUCAGAUGUACAUUCUAAAAUCAUUAAAUGCAUGGAUUUAUCAGAGGAGUUCAGGAUAGAAGCUGUAACAUUAUGCACAUUACUACUUCCUGAGAGACACAGGCACACAUUGAUCUACCUUAUGGAUUUCCUGACAGAGGUGGUUGCAUCUAGUGGAAGUAACCUAAUGGAUGCUCAUAAUUUGGCGAUAGUUUUGGCUCCAAAUCUUUUGCCCACGACUAUCACCCCAACAACAAGGAGGAAGAAUUUCCAGAAUAUGCCAUCAGAAGAUGUUCUUCUAACUACCAAUAUUGAAAUACUACAGCUGAUUAUUGAGAAUGGGUCCCGUUUUUGCCAAAUGCCUUCUGGUUUGGCUCUGGCACUUGAGCAUCGAGAGCAGAGUAAAUCCACUGAGAAUCUCCUAGCAUCCCAACUACACUCUACUGUGAGGAAGAAACGUCGAAGUGCAUCAAUACACCGGCUGAUGACCGGAUUGCGCCGUGUGGUUGGGCACUCAUCUGUAUCCGGUUCACCACUGAAAGCAUCAGAAAGUGUUGAAUACCUUGAUUCUCUUCACCAGCACCCAGGUGUUGCUCUCUCCCCAGCCCCAACAUACAGCAUAUCGCCAAGAAAGCGUAAAUCUGCUGAUGCCUUUGAAUUGUGCACAGAAACACCCAGAGAUGCAGCAGACGAUGCCCACUAUGUUACAACGCCUCCAUCCAGCAAGAGGGUGAGGGUAGAAAGUGAGGUGGGUGUUGGGGCUUGCACUUCUCCAGCUACUGCUACUUCUACUCGUACUAAUUUGGAUGUUACACCGCCUGCUGUUUCCAAUAUCCUUCCUACUACUAUUGUUACAUCUGCUACUCCUUGUGAGAGGCAGAGGAAUAAAGUUGUUAAGCCCGUUACCAUUCGAGAGAUCGAAGACACAUGGGAUGUACUCUCCCAGUCGCCAUGUAGAACAACCCCUAAAUCGAGCUUUAAGGAGUCAUUUUCAUCAAAGAUCCGAACACUCUCCAAAUCCCCGGGUUUUAAUGUUCACACAGUCCACAGUUGUAUGAACCGUCAAAGCUUUGAUAGAGUCGAACCUUUAGGGCAACCAAAAGAGGAUAAAGGUUAUCCUCGAGCAUACUCUGAUCUCUCUGUUGAAUUGAUGCCACUGAAAAAGACUAGAGCUGUGAAGCGUAGGAGCUGUGAUGUUCCUCUUGGUGGUGUUAAAAGAGCUGGUAAUUUUGAAGAGCCAGAACGGAUUGUGAGGCGGAGCAGUUUGGACUGGAGAUCUACUGGAAAUGAACCAGAUGGUGCUGAUGUCUCAACAUUAGGGCCUCGAGGCAUACCUGACGGGGCAGAGUGCAAUUUACGUGAUGGCAUGAUGCCCAAACCAAAAGUAAGUAGCUCACUGGAAGAACUAGAACAGCAUUAUGAUGACAUAAAAGCAGUUGUCAAAACAAUGGAAGCUGAAAUGGACAAAACAAAUGUACAGCAGAUGAAGGAAACUUACUUUCCAAAUAGUUCUCUGACUUCAGAAAACAUGAGUUACUCAGAAAUGAUUCAGAGUGCUUAUGAACGCAUGAAAGUGGAGAGUAAAGAUCUGGGCAGCAGUCCAUCCCAGAAUCUCUCAAAGCGAUUAGAUAAGGAGUUGAAGAUACGUAAUCGUAGGAGUGGCGAACACAGGGUUAUGAGAUCCCCGAGUGAACGUAAAAUUGGUACUAUAAGACGCCGCUCAAGGGAACUAGUGCAGAAUGCUGCUAAAAGUAUGAUUAAUAUAGAAGACACUCCCAAAGCACAAGCACACCAGACCCCAAAAAUGAAGGAACCCCUCAUGCAAACUCCUGUAAAUGGCUCUCUACGAAGGGGGAAACCAAAUUCUGUCAAAUCUGGUCUUCCUUUUGUAGUGCGCUCAUUUUCACCUCUGCAGAAGGAGGAGGCCUUGGCAAACUGUUCAAAUCGCACAGUCAUUGUCAGUAAGAGGGUUGAUAUGGUUUCCUCUGCUAAAAGUCCCCACCAGCAGCCAUGUAGUCAUGAGAGUAGUAAAAACAGCAUAGAAUUGGACUUAAAAGGAAGUCUGGGAGAUACACCAUUCCUAAGCCAGAGUAUAUCUAACCAAAGUUUGGAUGAAAAUUUUAUGGAUAGCAUUGUUGAACUUUUACCUGGACCCUUAACCCGCAGGAGAUCUAGUCUCCUUUCAUCAUUGGUGUCGUCUUUUCCUAUUUUGAAAAUUCCAUCCUCUGAGAGCUUUAGUGGUUUUGACUCUGCAGACGUAGACAGCAGCAUUAGUUCCUCAAAGGAUCAUAUGGACUUGAGUGGAACUGAGAAUCAAGAAUCUCCCAUAAAUGACCAUGGUAAUCAGUCUUCUGUCAUGGCUCUACCAGCAGUGAUUUUGGCAGGCAAAGAUGUAGAGGAAGAACAGUGGGUGCCAGCAGCAGAGUUCAGUUAUGGAGACAAGGAGGAACAACAAGGAGCUUUUGCAAUUGAGGGAAAUCAUGGAAGGCCUUCACUGGCUGCGUUGAUGAAGCAGAAAAAAGUUACUGCCAAUGUGCAGCUUUUUAAUAACUUGCACACUGUAUCUCCAAUGCAUCAAAGUAAUUCACGACUUCGUUCUACUACACCCCAGCAAAACAUUCCACCUCAUAGUACAGCUUCUGAAAGGCGCAAUGUUAGGUUGAGUUAUUCAAAAAGUAUGAAUAAUCGAAGUACUUUAACACCAAGAGAGUUGAUAAAGGCAAGACAGAGGUCAUUCCAGUUUGAUAGAUCCCCCAUUAAUUUAGCCAAAGUUGCAGUAGUUUCACCCUUGAAGGAAAGCACAUGGAUCAAUGUUCAACAGGAACAUGCCCAUGAAGUACCAAAGGCUUUUAAAGGUGAAGCCACAAUUCCACCAGCACCAACAUGUAUUGAGAAAAGUUUUAAGCCACCUGUUGCACCAGUAACCCCCAUUCGGCCUUUCAGCCAGUUUAAAGCCAUUGGAAAGAACACCGAAACUCCUCCAAAACUGCCUCCCCGCUCUGGCAUCAGACCUUCGCCCAUUAGAGUACAGUACAGGUAAAUAAUAUUAAUUUAAUGCAUUAUUUGCAAGUUCAAACCUUUCUCAAUCACAUGUUCAUUCCAUUACUGAUGUUUUGCAGCAUUCCUAGAUUUUACUAUCAAUAAUGUUUCAUUAUCAUUAUAUCACUGACCAUAUGUGUGUUCUAGUUUUUAUUUGUUGUACAUGCUCUAGCCCAUAUUUUCCUUUUUUAAUAAAGACAUUACUUGUAUUGAUGAAUACAAUGCAUUGGUUUAAGGGAGUAUUUUUUCUAAGAAUUAUUCCCGUAAACUCAUAAACUAUACUACAGACAGCUUUGUAAAAUAAUGCAAUAACUUUAUUUAACUUUGUUCCCAAUGACAAUUUGUAAAUUGGAAUAUUUUUCUGAUGUUUUUUUAUUGCUGAAAUAUUAGUUAUAUUUAGUGCCAUAUCAAAACUUUUGUAUGUUUUUGGAUAUAUUUGUAAUUGUAGUUUUUUUAUGAAGUGCAUCUUUUAAUUAUUUAAUGUGAAUAAAGCAUCAAUGUAUG